AUGGUGCCUGGGACCGCAGCAUGGACACAUUUCUCCAACGCUACUGAAUCUCGGUCUUUGAAUUCUGCAGAUGCCACUCGAUUCACUAUCCCCGGCGAUCCAAAAGCAGAGGACGCGUUCCAAUGUCCGGCAAUCCAAGUAUGGUUGCUUUACAUGCCGCGAAGCAAACGCCCCUGUGAAGGAUACCCGGACGGAGCGCCCCGUGGCCAAGAACAGACCGAGACGAACGUUGCGCUUCCUACCCGAUCUGGAAGUGUUGAUUACGUUAAUUUCAGCAAGCUUUCACAUCUAGGAUCGAACCCGGAGCUUGAUCGUCUACAUCUUCUGGCCUGUGCCGUAUUCUCACAAGGACUGCCUGGUGCACGGACCGAGGCGGAGAGUGCGUUUUGGACCCACCUGGUGCCCCAGCUCGCCUUGUCUAUCCCCAGUGUCAGAGAGGCGGCUGCCGCAUUCGGAGCAUCCUAUGAGCACCAGAUGCUGCAAAGUAAUUGUGGCGCUGCCAAACUCAAGGCAUUGAAACAAGUCACGGUGGCAAUGGGCAAAAUUCGACAAGAUGUCUUUCUGCUCCCACACGGGCCUCUGCCGGUUCUCGUGGCAUGUAUCUUGCUGGCCUGCGCUGAAACAAUCCAAUAUUGUUAUAAUGAUGCCCUGCUUCAUCUGCGGGGAGCAUUCUCGAUCAUGAGCUCCCGCGAGUGGCUUGACGCAAGAUCUUCAACAGGCAAAGCUCUACUCGAGGAUGACCUCUCGUGUUUAUUUGGCAAAUUAGACCUGCAAGUCAUCACAUAUGCACUGGGGAACACUCCAGAACUCCAAGUCCCUGUGGCUACUCCUGGUGUGGAUGCAGACAAUACCGUGUUCACACCGCAAAGGGCAGACCGUGAGCUCUUCCGGACGUUGCACUCUUGCUACAGUUUCGCCACAAGGGCCGCCCACUACAAAUACCUUCCCCGUGCAGCCUCCCGGGAGUUGCUGGUGCUGGAGCAGAACCGUCAUAUCGCCGAACUAACCAGAUGGCUCUCAAGUUAUCAACAAUACUUAAAGGCGAGCCAUGACAUCUCGGCAGGCAACGAUCUGCACGGGCUCUUGCUUCAGGCACAUUGCCUAAGUGCGCACAUAUAUAUGGCGAAUAUCCUUGAGCCAUUUGAGAUGGGAUACGAUAAGUAUGCGUUGCAGUUUCAGCAACUUGUCGAGUGUGUUGAACAAGCUAUGAGCGCCAAUCCCGUUGAGGGCGAAAUGCCCACCUUCAAUGCCGAGAUGGGAGUCAUCCAACCUCUCUUCUUCACGGCUGUCAAAUACCGUGACUCUACGUGGCGAUGGAAAGCCAUCUCGCUGAUCCGGAAAUGUGGGAGGGAAGGGCCAUGGUCUGGGCAUGUCGAAUCUGCAGCCGCCGAGAUCGUGGUUCGAGCGGAAGAGACGGCCGCAACCAAUGCAGCAAACGCAACUUCGUGGGGGACGUCGUCGGCUGCAUCGAGAAGCGUGUUCCUUUCGCAGGAUAUCCCCGAGGAGGCACGAGUGGCAGGGCAUUCUCUGCUCGACAUCCUCGAGGACUCUUCCGGCGCAAAUUGGGCAGAGAUUGAGAUGUCCAGAUGCCGUGACAUGCAUGCGAUGCUACUUGAUGAAGAGCCACAGCCUCAUGUCAAUAAACACUGGUUCCUGUGGAGGGAGAUGUGCCGGUUUCGAUCGUGA